AUGAGUAAAUUAGAAAGCAUAUCUACAGUAGGCGAUGACUUGGAUGAUGGUUUAGAAUACAACGUUGAUUUUUCCUCGGGGGAAGAGAUCAAUCCAGAUUCAGAACUUGAAAAUGAUAACGAUGCAUCUGAUCAAGAAUCAAGUAAGGCCAAAACCGAAUCUGAAAGUAAUAAUGGUAAAAAGAGAAAAGCAAAGACAUCAAAGUUGCAAGAAAAGAAGAAAGUGAAAAUGGAGAUGGACAUUGCACAGAAGAAAAACUUGUCAAAAGAAUCAUCUACAGAUGUAAUUGCAGAUUUCAUCAAUAAUAAAAUAAGCCAAAAAAAUCCCAACUUGUCAACGCUAGAAUUAUCUGAAUUGUACUUUAAUAAGACUGAUUUCAGAUCAACCUCAGAGUUUAACGAAGAAAAACGUAGCUUGGAUAAUUUAUCCAAAUUUAUUCUUGGGAAGUUCAAAAAUAUGUUGCCUUCUCAUGACAACAAGAAAAAUAAGAAAAACAAGAACAAAAAGACUAAAAAAGACGAUAAAAGUCAAGAUAUUUCAAAUAGUGAUAAACCAGAAGUAGAAGAAAGAAAAUUUAUUGCCAUAGUAUCAAUGUCAGCAUUACGUGCUUGUGACAUUCACCGUGCUACUCGUGAGAUAUCAGGCUCAUCUUUAAAACUCAUCAACAAAAACAAGCUUGAUGUUGACUUGAAAUUGGUCAAAUCAACUAGAUCACGUAUUCUCUGUUGUACUCCUGGAAGACUUUUGAAAGUUUUAAAUAGCGAAGACCUGGAGUUACACAAGGAUGAGAUCAAAAUCGUCAUAGUCGACAAUUCAUAUUUAGACCAAAAACAACAAAACAUUUGGGAUAUAAAAGAAACUCCCGAAGCCCUUAGUAUAUUGACGAAGGAGGGUGGCUCAAAAAUUUAUCUUUAUUAA